AUGACGACCUCCCCGACUGAGGAUCGAAGACUCACUCCAAAUACUGAAGUGCAUGUGGUUAGCUCUGUUACCCAUGGUAGUCCCCUGUAUCAUGAGAGGAGAUUUUCGCAUGUUUGCACGCUUGUGCGUCAGGCUGUUUCAAUCAUUGGCAUUCUAGCCUUUGUGUUUAUUGUUCUGCACGCGAGUGAGACGUGGUGGGGUGAUGUGUUCCUGUAUCACCCCGUAUCGAUGGCAAUUGCAUUCAUGGGAGUUCUCCCGGAACUUCUGCACACCAUUGCCACAAUUCGUGGUCACUCACGAAACUUGGGUCCGCGACGCGUUAUGGUGGCAGAGGCGCAUCGCCGACAUGCUCUCACUUUGAAAUUCUUCAGUACCUUUGGCAUUAUCAUGAUUGAGUGGAGCAAGUUCACACGGUCCAAGUUGCACUUCAGGACUUGGCAUGCGCGAAUUGGUGGUGUGUGUGAAGCUGCGCAGGUGCUGGAAGUGUUACUUGGCCUUACUAUAUACUAUGGUCUUGCUGAUCACUUCCUUACGGUCUCUCAGCGUUGUACUCUGCGCCUCAUUCAUCGUCAACUUGGCGCCAUUGUGGNGGUCACUGGUGUGGUUGCCAUGUUUCUCGGCAUGUUUUCCCAUUACGCCGUAAGAGUCUUUGAUACGACAGUAGUUCGGUUGUUGUUUGCUUUACUCCCCGGUGUACUGGCCGUUUGGGCGUACUGUGGUGCGUCUUAG